GAAAAAGAAUGAUGGCCUAAAAAAUUAUAUCCCACUGGGUACUGGUGGGAAGUGGCAAUGGAGUACAGUAUCAACUCGACUCAACUCAAGUUAGCACGACGCGUGUGCAUCCAGUAGUGGAUAGAUGACGAAAUUCUAACCUCGGAUUGGGAGCUUCCUUUGGUAGAUUCUCCUUCCCUUCAAUACAUUACUGGUUUUUCCUCUUGGAGUCUCCGCAAUUUUCUCCAAUUCCAACUCGAUUGAUUUAGGAAGAGGGGUGAAAAUUUGAGCUUGAUUUCCAUGGCGGCUCCGGUGAGCUGUUGCGCUUGUUCUUCGAUCGUUAUGGCUCAUUAUCCGCGUGAUUUGUCAUGCUCCGGGUAUAAUUUUCGUCAGGCUACUUCGCUUGGCGGCUAUAAGGCGUGGGCUGUUUCAAUCAGUCCAUGUAGGUGCCAAUCAUCUACAAGCACCGAUGAGAUAAAAGUCGCCAAAAAAAAGAACUUAUUGGACAAUGCUAGUAACCUCCUUACAAAUUUCUUGAGUGGAAGUAAGAUUGGAGCAUCCAUGCCUACAGCAGAAGGUGCAGUUUCUGAUCUCUUUGGCAAGCCGCUUUUCUUCUCCCUCUAUGAUUGGUUCUUAGAGCAUGGUUCAGUAUACAAGCUGGCUUUUGGGCCAAAAGCCUUUGUUGUUGUUUCAGAUCCCAUUGUUGCUAGACAUAUUCUUCGAGAAAAUCCAUUUGCCUAUGACAAGGGAGUUCUUGCUGAUAUAUUGGAACCAAUAAUGGGAAAAGGACUCAUUCCUGCUGACAUUGACACUUGGAAGCAAAGGCGAAGAGUUAUUGCUCCUGGAUUCCACUCACUUUACUUGGAAGCCAUGACCAAAGUAUUCACCAGCUCUUCUUCUAGAAUGACUACGAAGUUUGAAAGGCUUUUGGAACUCAAAGCUUUGAAAGGAGUAGACAAAAUAGAGUUGGAUCUUGAAGCUGAAUUUUCUAGUUUGGCUCUAGACAUUAUUGGACUUGGUGUCUUCAAUUAUGACUUUGGCUCAGUUACAAAAGAAUCCCCAGUUAUUAAGGCUGUAUAUGGUACUCUUUUUGAAGCUGAGCAUCGUUCCACAUUCUACAUUCCUUAUUGGAAGAUCCCUUUGGCAAAAUGGCUGGUUCCUCGCCAGCGCAAGUUCCAUAGCGACCUUAGAGUCAUCAACGAUUGUCUCGAUGGUUUAAUAAGAAACGCAAAGGAGACAAGAGAGGAAGCCGAUGUAGAGAAAUUGCAGCAAAGGGACUAUUCAAACAUCAAGGAUGCUAGUCUGUUGCGAUUUUUAGUAGAUAUGAGAGGUGUAGAUGCUGAUGAUGUUCAGUUGAGAGAUGACCUGAUGACUAUGCUUAUAGCCGGACAUGAAACAACAGCAGCUGUCUUGACAUGGGCCACUUUUCUUCUUGUACAAAAACCAGAAAAAAUGAAGAAAGCACAAGCAGAGAUUGACUCUGUGCUUAGAGGAGAGACUGUGACCUUUGAAGCAAUAAAAAAAUUAGAGUAUGUGCGACUUAUUGUUGCAGAAGCUCUACGCUUGUACCCACAACCCCCAUUGCUUAUUAGACGGUCUCUCAUCCCCGAUAAAUUACCUGGGGGGUAUAAUGGAGACAAAGACGGAUAUGCAAUCGUGAACGGCACUGACAUAUUCAUUUCAGUUUAUAAUCUUCAUAGAUCUCCAUAUUUUUGGGAUAACCCGAAUGAGUUUGAACCUGAGAGAUUUCAAGUGCAAAAACAAAGCCAUGUUGAAGGUUGGUUGGGCUUUGAUCCAUCUCGUAGCCCCGGGUCACUGUACCCAAAUGAGAUUAUGUCGGAUCAUGCUUUCUUGCCUUUUGGCGGGGGGCCAAGAAAAUGCGUUGGCGAUCAAUUCGCCCUUAUGGAAUCGACUGUAGCAUUGGCAAUGCUGUUACAAAAGUUUGAUGUCAACUUGAAAGGCCCCCCGGAAUCAGUAGAACUAGUUACCGGAGCAACCAUUCACACCAAGAAUGGAAUGUGGUGCCAACUAAAGAGGAGGUCGGAGAUUGCUAGUAAGUCGUAAUCUAAGUGAAGUAGAGGACAUUAUCAUUCAUUUUGUGGCAACAUUUUGUCUCGUUGCUUCAUCAAAGAAGCGAGUUCAAGAAUGCUUUUAGCAGUUUGUGAUAAUUUGUUUCCAUAUUCUUAUGUGCUUCAACAUUCUUCUUCUUUUUCUUGAAGUUCUAUUCACUUUUUAUGGGGAUGUAUGUAAGGUUGUAUUCUUUUGUGGAUUUUAGUAUAGCUUUUUGCUAUUCAGAUUCUUUUUUUCUCAAAAAAUAUAAAAUCAAACAUUUAUUUUUC